GAUCAGUUCAGUGAAUAUUGUCGGUAUAAAUGCGUGCAAACCGUUGCUGUGCAACAAUUUGUAUCCGAAAGCUUGUGGUGAUAAGAGCAACUGAAAAAUUUACAAUAUGAAGUCGUUCAUAACUAUUGCGCUCUUGGUAGUCUACAGCGUUGUUGUGCUGUGCCAUCCAAAUGAUCCGGAAAUGCGGAAAUUCAUCGAGGACUGUAAUAAGGAGCACAAUGUUUCGCCAAAGGACUUUCACGACUUUAUGGAGGGUAAAUUGACUACCGUACCGGAGAGUUUGAAAUGCAGCAGCCACUGCAUUAUGGUCAAGCAAGGUGUCAUGGAUGAGUCGGGCAACUUCAAAGCUGAUGUUGCUAAAGCUAAAAUCACAGAAGAGAAGUUCGCUGCUGCUAUAGAUGAAUGCAAGGAUUUGACUGGUUCAACGCCUUGUGAUACCGCUAUGAAGAUCACGGAGUGCAUGAUAACGCACAAAUAAUUCUGUGGAAGCAAGUGUGAAAACUAACAAAAAAAUUGUUGAAUAUUCUUUAAUGUUUUUAUUCGGUGGUGGUUUUUAAUUGGUUUACUAUAUAUAUUUUAAAUAUACUCACACAUUUGAACUGUAUUGAGCUUUUAAA